AAAAAUACAAUAUAUAAAACCCAAAAGAAACAAAUUUAUUAUAACAAAUUUGCAAAAUGAAAUCAUCAAUACACAAAAUAAAUUCUUAACAGGAAUCAACAUAAACAGUUAUAGGAACAAGACGUGCUACCAGUCUAAUGUGCCUUUUGCCUUUCACUUGAACCUCAGCAGUCCUAACUCAACUGUCCUUACUAGGAUGAAUUGCAGUGAUUUUUCCAAUUGGCCAGCAUUACGCCUGCCCAUCAACAAGAGAUUAGGGGUAAUUGGAUCAAGGUCUGCCACAUCUGAAGAAACAUAACCUGAAGGUCUUGAAUUAAGCAUUCCUUCAAUCUCAAUUAGAACAUUCCGCAGCACUUCCUCAGAAACGAUUGAGUUCCCAAAGCUUUCUCUAAAGCCACCUUAACGGAUCAGACCUCCCAUUCCCAUGAUGCUCCAAAAUGAAGUGCAGAAGGGGGAAUACAUUUGAAGGAGAUUUGCUGUUUUGCAAACACUGUCUGCAACUCAGGUAUCAGGGUUUGAUAGGCUUCCAUAAAAUAUUGUGUUGCACAGGAAUGGUAAGUUCUACAUGAAGAACAGCAGACAAUUUGGCACCUACUAAUGCUGCACAUAACUCAAGUUGAGGAAUCGACAGUUGCUUCUUUGGGGUGACACGAGAUUUAGCCAGAAGAAAGGAGACAUGCAACUUGCCUGUACUAAAUUCUGUAUGUAGAUAAGCUACUGCACCAUAAGACUGUUCUGAUGAGUCACAAAAUAUGUGAAUCUCUCUAACAGCAGCAGUCUCUCUAUAGUGAGGGGUAUAGCAUCGAGAAAACAUUACAAUGGGCAACAUUUGAAGUUUGGUUUCCCAUUAUCGCCAGGACUUCAAGAGCUCAUUAGGUAAGUUGGUGUCAUCCCAAUCACGUGUUUUGUCCCACAAAUGCCGAACAAUAACCUUAGCUCUAGUAGUAAAAGGAAGGAUGUAGCGCAAAUGAUCAUAAUGACUUGCAAGUAUUUUAUAUAUGUAACGCAUGGUAGGCACAGUUGACUUAAUGGCUCUGUGUUUGUAGCCCAAAACAUCAAAAAGACAGUUCCACUGGAGACCCAAGGUGGCCUUUGAAGGGUCAGCAGAAGGGUCAUGAGCAAACUUGUAAGUUCUGUUUGUUCUGAUCUGGCUUCUGAAGGCAAAUAUUGGAUGACAUCAGGAUCAUUACUGGCCCACUGAUGAAUUUCAAAACCUCCCGAAGCCAAUACUAUGCGGAGAUUUUCAAUGAGACUCUUAGCUGAUAAGUACAGAGGACAGUCAUUUAAUAUAGCCAGCUUUCAACAAGUUCUGGAUUUAUCAUUAUAUGUCUGAGCCUGCUGUGGUUCUUUCAAGAGGCACAUUUCAGUUACAGAGCCUAGACAUAGCUGACUUUAUUGGGGCUUUCAUGGGUGCCCAAACACUUGCACAAAUCAGAGGUGUAGCAUACCUGUCAAUUCCACCCAUAGUAACUCUGGUUACUUUCUUGCUUGGAAUGGACAACUAGUUUAUCACUCCUUGGGGUUACAACAUCAUGUUGCCACAACUUCUCCACAACUAUAUUUACAAAUUCUUGUAAAUAUCAUCUGGCAAAGAACUGUAAGAAGUGUAAUUAGAACAAGUGACAGGUGGAUUUAGGAUAUCUCUGGCAGGCCCCUGAAGAGUCCAGCCAAGUCGGGUUCUUAUAGAUGCAUGAGGGCCAGACUUCACAGGUUGGAUAGGAGUUAUCAGAUGAGUAUAUUCUGCACCGAUUAGCACCAAUGGAGUCACAUUGUCAAGCUGCUGAAUGGGCAGUCUUUACAAAUAGGUGUAACGACACUGAAGAAAUGUCACAGGAUGAGAAUGCUCAGACAAAGCAAGAUGGUCAGCAGUAAAGGCAUGACUUGUUUGCCAUUGCAGAGAUUACAAGGGUUUACAGGGGAGUUGCAAUCCAAAUUCAAAUUUCAAAUUUCAAUUUGUUGAUUUUCAGUGAGGUUUAGGAAAUCACCACAUGUACUGAUGUGAUUCUCAGUGGAACUACAACAAGCACAAACAGGAAGACAUUGAGUGGAACAACUGAGUGGCCAUUCUACCACCUGCAGAGAGCUUAACUUCCGCUUUAGGAAAGUCUCCUUUAUGAGAAUUUUUUUUACACCAUGAAGAACUGUUGUAGCUUUAACCAAAUGAGAUGCCUGCCUCUGUCUAUCAGCUGGAGGCAGCCAAAAUCUCUUUAGCUGACAGAGAGACUCAAUUUGAAGCCAGUCUAAAAGAUUGUAAGAGAAUGGACCCUGAUUUACUCUUUUCAUAGACCUCUUGAAUUCACAAAACUGCUCACUAGGUAGCUUUCCCAAAAGUCUCUCAACAUGAGAGCCACAGGUGAGCUCAGAAAGACCAUCACGGCCCAUAGAUUGAAGUAGUCCUUCAAGUGCUUGGAUGUGCAGAGAGAACUGAACCAAUGCUUGACCAUCUGUUGUUGUUGUUGUUUGAUUAAUAUUAACGACACAGACAGGAGCAGGUAUAUAUUCACUUUAAGACCUACUGUAAUGAGCGGAUCCAACACUGACACAUGUCCCAAACUUGUUCACUCAAGACAUACGUGCCAAGAUGGACAUUUAGGCAUAAUUAUGUGUGUAUUUGACUGUUCAAGGGCAAUAAGCCUAGAAAUAUGCACGCGCGAGCGUUGACAGGCGGCAAACACAUGCACAGAAUCCGCAGCCAGUCAGUCAGUGUGUCAGAGCCGAAUUGAGUUUGUGUAGCCUAUACAGCACUUUUAUCAACUCUUUUUAGUACUAUCAGGCAUAUCAUACUUUUUAUUUGUCAUUCAUCCAUGUCACAUAAUCGCUUCGCCUGCUCCUUGGAUGCAAGACGACAGGUGAGAAAGAUUCGCUUUCACACAGGCCACAUAGCCUAUACUUUAUUUUUUUUCUACAGUAAACUGUAAUUUGUUUAUAUUACUAUAGUUGUUAUAUUAGGCCUACCACAGCAACUAUAUACCACAACAAAUUAAUUCAAGUACUUUACUAUAGUAUGGUUCAAAAACACUAUAGUAUGUACUAUAAAUUACUACAGUAUUUUUUCAUCUGGGAUAUUAGUACUAUCACGAUUACUUAGAGUAGUAACGCACAAUGUGAUACUAUAGCAUUUCGAAGGUUUCACGUUUUCAUUUAAUUUCAUAAAUGUAAUGUUAACUUAGUCACCUUAAACGGCGAACGUAAGUGUACUGUAUGUACUGUAACUGUGCCAUCAAUUUUCUAGCCAGAUGUGAUGCUGCGGACAAUUAACAGAUGUUGACUUACCUUUUUCUCACUUUUGCACUGAAUCUAAACUCUCAACGAUCGUAAGACGCUGCAAUAAACAAUCACGAUCCUACUUUUAAGUGUCAUAAGAUGCUUGUGCUCAUCACUGAUAGAUGUCAAUCACCUUUUGGAGUUAGUGCUUGCAGCAUCUGAGGCCUGUGAUUGAUAGUCUACGGUCGCGAUCUGCAAUUGGAUUGGUAGUCGACAGUCAGAGUCCCCAAUCAGAAGGCCAAAUUGACUCAAUUAGACCGCCAAGCUUCUCCGGCCUCUGAUUGGUAGUCUACAGUCGAGGCCGGGCUUUUGAUUGGUAGUCUACAGCCAAUCAGAUGGCAUAAAAGUCUACAGUCACCACUUUGCGAGGUGCAUACCGUAAUAUAAGCAAUACUUUCACAAUGAUUUAUAUCUACUAUAUUCACGCACGUAUAUACUUUCCCACGCAAAUAUAUGCAAAUAUACUGCCAAAAAUAUACUGCAUCUUUGACGAUCUAUCGUUCAGCAUUUGUGGUAAGACUGAUGUAUUACAAUAUUCACACAAAGUUAUAAAGUAUAUAAAUACUUGUAUUUUUGUUGAUUUUAUUCCGUAAAUUGUCUGACUACUAUUGUCUGGCUACUAUUGUGACCGUUGCAUUCAUUGAAGGGCCUUAUUAAAAUUAGCCAUACUGACCAUACUUUCUACAAAUAAUAAUGAAAAAUAUAAUUAAAUAUGUUUUAAUUAAAAUAUAGUUUUAUAUAAUAUAGUUAAACCAUGGUAACAGCAAAUUAAGUAUGGUUGCUACACUUUUACUACAAUAAAACAUGUUUACUACACUUUUACUACAAUAAAACAUGGUUACUACACUUUUACUAUAAUAAAACCCUGGUUAAUUUUCAUUAGGGAGGCCUGUCAGUAAUGCACCCUUACUCCAGAUCAAAGUUCUUUUCAAUUUUAGGCUUAGAUUUUUUUUAAAAUAGGCAACAAUCCCUUCUUAAGACGCCAAGGAAGCCAAGUCACUGGCUUCUCGUAACAUCUGCUAUGAGAAGAACACGGUCCUGGAUAUAAGGACGGCUUGUGAGGAAGGUCUGUGUGAGGAACAUCUUGGCACUAGGGCUGUUGAUGUGUUUACACCCUAUGUUUACACAGCAGCAUAGACUUUUUUGUGCUUGUCAUUAAAGGCAUUACAAUUUCUGUCUUCAGCCAAAAAGAGAUGUCAGGCUAUUACCUCGACACCAUCAGAGGUGCAGUACCUUGGCCAGCUAUGUAUAACAUUUGGCAAAUACAACGGCCAAAGUUUUAAAUGGCUGGUGGAGAACGAUAUUGGCUACAUUAAGUAGUAAGUAUGUUGCAAUACACAGAAUCAAAAUUUUCAUAAUUUGUUUUUUCAUAAACUAAUUAUCUUAUGUGAUAUUUUAGUCUCCUUGGUCUCCACAUCAAGGAAAGCCACCAUGCCAACAAAAAAGGAAGCCAAGUUGACUGGGUGAAGGACCUCCUGCUGCGGUAUGUGCAGCUGCUUCCACAGGUCUCCUGCCACCUCGAGAUCAAUGUGGACAGGGCCAUUUAUGGGCAGGUCCUUCACCUUCUUGGAGAUGUGGCAGUGGUACAGCCUGCACAAGGUCCUUCAGGCUGACCCACAAGCAGGGACGAACCACGAACGAAAAAUGUCUCAGGAGGCGUCAUGCUCUGCGCAGCAGUGGACAUCACCGUGGAGGAGGACAUCACCACAAAGUCACUGAAGCGCUUCAGGCGAUACAUUCUUGACAAAGAGAUUUAAGAACCCCCCACAGGGCAGGGCCCCUCCCUCAGCGGCUGCCAGCUCCAGCUCAUCAGGACCCAAAGAUGAUGCUGGUUGGACGGAUGAUAUCACAGCAGGGGAUGCAGGGGGUAAAAAGAAAAGUAAAAAAAGUCUCAAGAAAAAAAGGGCCAUCCAGCUCCUCUACAGAAGACACACACAGAUGUUACUACUCCACUGUCAGCUGUAAGUCCAUAGUUUAUACAUUACAAUUACCUGUUACAUCCCCCCUGGUUCCUGGUGGGGCAGCGUAAAUAGGGAGGCCGCAAAAAAGUAUGCUUAGGUAAAUUAAUUUUUUUUUUUACUAAUACACUUAUCAUUUUAAGGUUCUUGCAUCAGCUCCUGAUGUCGAACAUCAGAGGACAUCUGAUGUGGCUGGAGCAGAUGUGGCUGGUGCAGAUGUGGCUGGUGCUGAUGUGGCUGGAGCAGAUGUGGCUGGAGCAGAUGUGGCUGGUGCUGAUGUGGCUGGAGCAGAUGUGGCUGGAGAAGAUGUGGCUGGUGCAGAUGUGGCUGGUGCAGAUGUGGCUGGAGCAGAUGUGGCUGGUGCUGAUGUGGCUGGUGCAGAUGUGGCUGGAGCAGAUGUGGCUGGAGCAGAUGUGGCUGGAGCAGAUGUGGCUGGAGCAGAUGUGGCUGGUGCAGAUGUGGCUGGUGCUGAUGUGGCUGGAGCAGAUGUGGCUGGAGCAGAUGUGGCUGGUGCUGAUGUGGCUGGAGCAGAUGUGGCUGGAGAAGAUGUGGCUGGAGCAGAUGUGGCUGGAGCAGAUGUGGCUGGAGCAGAUGUGGCUGGUGCUGAUGUGGCUGGAGCAGAUGUGGCUGGAGCAGAUGUGGCUGGUGCUGAUGUGGCUGGAGCAGAUGUGGCUGGAGCAGAUGUGGCUGGAGCAGAUGUGGCUGGUGCUGAUGUGGCUGGAGCAGAUGUGGCUGGAGCAGAUGUGGCUGGAGCAGAUGUGGCUGGAGCAGAUGUGGCUGGAGCAGAUGUGGCUGGUGCUGAUGUGGCUGGAGAAGAUGUGGCUGGUGCUGAUGUGGCUGGAGCAGAUGUGGCUGGAGCAGAUGUGGCUGGAGCAGAUGUGGCUGGUGCUGAUGUGGCUGGAGCAGAUGUGGCUGGAGCAGAUGUGGCUGGUGCUGAUGUGGCUGGAGCAGAUGUGGCUGGAGCAGAUGUGGCUGGAGCAGAUGUGGCUGGUGCUGAUGUGGCUGGAGAAGAUGUGGCUGGUGCUGAUGUGGCUGGAGCAGAUGUGGCUGGAGCAGAUGUGGCUGGAGCAGAUGUGGCUGGAGCAGAUGUGGCUGGUGCUGAUGUGGCUGGAGAAGAUGUGGCUGGUGCUGAUGUGGCUGGAGCAGAUGUGGCUGGAGCAGAUGUGGCUGGAGCAGAUGUGGCUGGAGCAGAUGUGGCUGGUGCUGAUGUGGCUGGAGAAGAUGUGGCUGGUGCUGAUGUGGCUGGAGCAGAUGUGGCUGGAGCAGAUGUGGCUGGUGCUGAUGUGGCUGGAGCAGAUGUGGCUGGAGCAGAUGUGGCUGGAGCAGAUGUGGCUGGAGCAGAUGUGGCUGGUGCUGAUGUGGCUGGAGCAGAUGUGGCUGGAGGACCCCAAGACAAAGCCACUGGAAGGCAAGCCUGCAACCUUUAGCCAAAAAAGCGUAAUGGCUAAUGCUAACGCUCCGCCUCCGGCAGACAUCUACACCAGGUGGUGUGUGAAGAAAGCACAGAGGAUCUUCAGAGACUCCAGCCACUCGAGCCGUGUGCUGCUCUCACCGUUACCAUCAGGCAGACAUUACUGCAGCAGACUGCAAGACAAGUUCUUUCCACGGGCAAUCAGACUGUACUGA